AUGCAGAGGGAAAUCGCUUAUAUGGGCCGAGAUGGCCCAAAUACUUCUCGCCCUGGAUCUGCCACGCACCCUCCACACGUGAUGCCCAGCUCACCGCCCUCCACCCCGGUGCCCCACUCCAUGCCUCCCUCUCCAUCCAGGAUUCCCUAUGGCGGGGGCCGGCCCAUGGGUGUGCCAGGCAACGCCACCAUCCCCAGGGACCGGCUCUCCAGCGUGCCAGCCUCACGCUCAAUAUCUCCCAGCCCAAGCGCCAUUUUGGAGAGACGGGAUGUGAAGCCAGAUGAGGACAUGAGUAACAAAAACCUUGCCCUGAUCCGAAAUGAAGGCCUGUACGGUGACCCCUACUUGUUUCACGAGGGGAGGAUGAGUUUGGCUGCACCCCACUCCGGACACCCCCUCGAUGUCCCCGAUCACAUCAUAGCCUACCAUCGCAGUGCCAUGAGGUCAUCAAGCACUUACUGCAAUCCCUCUAUGCAGCCCGAAAUGCUGGAGCAAUCCUUGUACAGACAAAAGUCACGGAAGUACCCAGAGAGCCAUUUGCCUACCCUUGGCUCUAAAACGCCUCCUGCCUCACCCCACAGGGUGGCUGACAUGAGAAUGAUCGAUAUUCAUCCUCACCAUAGUGCUCACAUUCCCCCCCACACCAUCCAGCCUGACAGGUCUUCCCCCAGCCGCCAGUCCUUCAAAAAGGAACCAGGACCACCCAUGUUUGUGGAUGCGAAAGCACGAAGCACCCUCGGCCACCCGGGUAUGGCUGAGGCAGUGCCCUCUCCAGUUGACAAGCAGGCUUUUGGCUACGGGUCACCUGCGAUGCCCAAGGACAAGGAGACAAGUGAGAAGAUGAUGAAAAUUGUGUCCAGCAAGAGCAGCACUGACACUGCAGGUGCUGCUAACAUAUCUGGUGGGAAGAACGCAUUGGCAACUGUGGAAUCUGCUGUCAUCCAUCACCCUGCUGGAACCCCAUCAAUGCAAGUCAGCCUGCAUGGGAUGAAACGCAAUGUGUCGGAUCUGCGGCUGCAGCUACAUCAGAUGAAGCAACUACAGCUGCAGAACCAGGAGAUGCUGAGGGCAAUGGUGAAGAAAGCAGAGAUGGAAAUCAAUGGCAAAAUGAUCGAAACUGUGAAGAGGCUGGAAGAUCCUGUGCAACGACAGCGCAACCUGGUGGAACAAGAAAGGCAGAAAUACCUCAACGAGGAAGAAAAGAUAGUAAAGAAGUUAUGUGAGCUAGAGGCAUUUGUUGAGGACCUGAAGAAGGACUCCAGUGCUUCCAGCAAGACAGUUACACUGAAAGAUGUUGAAGAUGGAGCCUUUCUUUUGCGUCAAGUGGGAGAAGCUGUUGCCACCCUGAAAGGAGAGUUCCCAACAUUGCAGAAUAAAAUGCGUGCAAUCCUCCGGAUUGAGGUGGAAGCCGUGAGGUUCCUAAAGGAAGAACCACACAAGCUAGACAGCUUGCUGAAACGUGUGCGCAGCAUGACUGAUGUCCUUACCAUGCUCAGGAGACAUGUUACCGAAGGACUGCUGCGGGGUGUGGAUCCAUCCCAAGCUGUGCAAUACUCUGCUAUGGAAAAGGCUGCUACAGCUGACACCCUGAAAAACCAGGAGGAACUCAAGCAUACCCAGGCACAUGCACAGCAAAACCUCUCAGCAAUCACAUCAGAGUCCCAGGUGUCAUCAGUCAAGUCAGAAGUCAUCCCCUUCUCAACAAUGACAGUCCAUCACGUCCAGAGCUCGCCCGUUGUCAUCCAUCAGUCUCAGCACUCAUCAGCACUGAUCAACCAUGCCCAGGGUUCACCCACUGCAGCCAGCCACAGCGAAGGUGUGCCAGCGGGUGGCCACCCCUCAGCCACCCCUCCAACCCCACUGCAAGAGCCUGUGACAGGAUCCCAGCCCACACCAACUACGCCAGCACCACAGGUCUCUGUCAAUGGCACCACCAUGCAAAGUCUUUUCAUUGAGGAAAUUCACAGUGCAAGUACUAGAAACCGAGCUGUAUCAAUUGAGAAAGCUGAAAAGAAGUGGGAAGAGAAAAGACAAAACCUGGAUCACUAUAAUGGAAAAGAAUUUGAAAAGCUCUUGGAAGAGGCCCAGGCCAAUAUAAUGAAGUCAAUUCCUAACCUGGAGAUGCCUCCACAGCCAGCAACCCUGCCAAAAGGGGAUGCAUUGGAAAAGCUAGAUGUCUCAGAAGAAGUUCCCGACGGAGAACAGGAUAAUGACAGGAUGACCAAGUCUCCACCUCCUCCACCUCCACGGCGCAGUUACCUGCCAGGGUCAGGACUAACCACAACGAGAUCAGGAGAUGUCAUCUAUGCCCCCAGAAAAGAAGCUACUGCUGUCAAGGAAUGCAGUGAAGACAUUGGGCAAAUAGCACAAUCCAAAGCUCCUAAAGAAGAUCAGGCAUUGUCUCGGAGCACAGGGCAUGCCGUAGCAUCAGCUGCAAAAGAUGAAGAGGAAGAAGAAGGAGAUAAAAUAAUGGCAGAAUUACAGGGCUCCAGUGCUGCCCCCCAGACAAGCCGGAUGCCGGUCCCCAUGGCCUCAAAAAGUAGGCAAGGAAGCAUGGAGAAAGCAGGCAAACAGCACAAGCUGCAGGAUCCACGCCAAUACAGACAGGUAGUUUUACCCUAA